UCAGCCUGGUCCGCUGCAUUGCAUGACCUCACCUUGCCCGUAUCGGUAGCUGUACGACCCAUGAACAGCCUGCGGUGGCUAGCUCGUUGACGUCAAGCACUGCUGCAUCUUUCGACCGGCCCGAGAUUCGACCAAUCCAAAUUCCACGUCUUCACGAUGAGAUGCUCACAGCCUUUCGCCGCUCUGCUGUCACUGUGUUUCCUUUCCUCGAAUGCCGUCUUCGCCGAUGAUACCACCACUGUUCCGAUCUACCUGCCGCACUAUGAUGCGAAUAGCUGGUCGCAGCUGCGGGGGAGUGUAGUUUCAAGUAAUGCCAAAGAAACGACGUAUACCAUCUUUUGCCCGCCACAGACAUCACCUAAUUGCGACCUCGCCAUCGAGUUUCCCUUCGUCUUCUCCGAGGGCGAGAGUACGCUUCAGUUUCACGGCACCAAAACAUCAACUCUUAUCGCCGAUCUGGGCUGCACAUUAAGCGGAACGACAGCUGCGACAUGUUCAGGAUACUCGAGUCUGAAAAGCGGAUACAUUAACGGCAAAUUGACGGGACCGACCGAAGUAUCGUGGACGUCGACCAUGACCGGCUCUGAGGUGGAAUGGGGUAUUUUGACCAUGGCUGAGGAGCCCGCGGCUACAGCAACUCCAGCGACGACCACGACCGCCGACGACUCGAACUUUGACGACUUCUUGUACACGGACAGCCUGUCUCCUUCAUUACCUGCCGAAACUAACCCGAGCGCCGCUCCUCGUCUUGGCCGCGGCUGGGCUCUCGUCGCAUCAUUAUGCAGCAUGGCAGUUAUUGCAUUGGUGGUAUAACCGGCGACGUUUCUACACGCCCACAAGCUACA